AAGUUAAUUUUUUUCCCAUUUUGAUUUUGUCGCCUUCACAUGAUAUGGAAUGGAGUUUUGAGUCAAAUUUACAUUCAAAUAAUUGGUUAUUUUGUGAUUAUUUUCCGUUUUUCAAGUAUGGUAACAAUAAGUUCGUUACGUGUAAUUGUUUAAUUUGGUGUGAAUGCUUAAUAUAACUUAAAAAAUGUCUUCCAAAAGCGAACUGAAGAAAUUAUCGGAAGAAAGUUUGGCCCGGCCACCAGAAGAAGUGUUUGAUAUAAUAUGUAAACUAGGCGAGGGUAGUUAUGGAUCAGUGUACAAAGCGUUACACAAAGAAAGUGGUGUUGUCGUUGCCAUUAAAUUAGUGCCAGUGGAAUCAGAUCUACAUGAAAUAAUAAAAGAAAUCUCGAUCAUGCAACAAUGUGAUUCACCAUACGUAGUGCGAUAUUAUGGAAGUUAUUUUAAGCAAUGCGACUUGUGGAUCUGUAUGGAAUAUUGUGGUGCUGGUAGUGUGUCGGAUAUUAUGCGAUUGCGAAAGAAAACGCUAUCGGAAGAGGAAAUCGCUACGAUUUUGAGUGACACAUUGAAGGGUCUAGAAUAUUUGCAUUUAAGACGGAAAAUUCACAGGGACAUAAAAGCAGGAAACAUUCUACUAAACUCAGAAGGACACGCUAAAUUAGCCGAUUUCGGCGUUGCUGGUCAAUUAACCGAUACCAUGGCUAAACGAAAUACGGUUAUCGGAACGCCAUUCUGGAUGGCACCGGAAGUUAUUGAAGAGGUUGGCUACGAUUGUGUCGCUGAUAUUUGGUCGUUGGGUAUAACAGCUUUAGAAAUGGCAGAAGGAAAACCACCUUACGGUGACAUUCAUCCGAUGCGGGCCAUUUUUAUGAUACCUCAGAAACCACCACCAUCAUUUCGUGACCCGGAUCGAUGGACGACAGAAUUUAUUGAUUUUGUUAGUUUGUGUUUAGUUAAAAAUCCAGAGGAACGUGCUACAGCCACGGACUUAUUACAGCAUGUCUUCAUAAAAGAACAAUCAGCCAAAACACGGUCAAUUUUAAAUGACAUGAUUGCCGAAGCGCAUGUUAUAAGAGAAAAUCAGACUUAUCGUCAAGUGGCCAUCAACCAAGCUAAGCAACUACAAAAUCACACUGAAGAAACGGAUGACGAUGACCAUCAGGUGAAUUCGAGAACCAUAAAAGAAUUUCCGGAAGACACUGGAACCCUUGUACCUGAAAAAGACAAUUUAGAUGGAACAAUGAUUGCUCAUGCUGAUUGUGGUACACUUGUACCAGACGGUACAAUGGUUGAAUUGGAAUCGAAUCUCGGUACGAUGGUCAUUAACAGCGAUUCCGAGGAUUCAACGAUGAAGAAACAUGACACUAACCCCGACAAACCCAAAUACCGUCCGCCGUUUCUCGAUCAUUUCGAUCGUAAAAAAACUGAAGCUGUAAAUAACAUGAUCAACAUGGACGCUGAAACGAAUUCAAAUGCAAUAAAACCAUUGAAUGGUUCGCCUUCUCCAAGUGCACCUCCCGAACAGCCCGUUCAGUCAGUCGAGGAACGUCAACGAUAUCAAUCUCAUUUGCAAUUACAAUUGAAUCAAAUAUCUGCCGCCAAUCAAAUGGGUGUACAACAUCUGAUGCAUCAUGGUGCUGGCGAAAAUGUGAUACUUCAUCAGAGACAACCGGAUCCCGUGAAUAAAUAUCAACGGAAUUUUGUCGACGGUGAUUUUGAGUUUUUGAAAUUUUUGAGUUUUGAUGAUCUGCAACAACGCCUGAGUAGCAUAGAUGUAGAAAUGGAACGAGAAAUUGAUGAAUUGAAUCGAAAGUAUACAGCAAAACGUCAGCCUAUUUUAGAUGCCAUGGAUGCCAAGCGUAAAAGACAACAAAAUCUAAAUAACAAUUUGAUAAAAAUUUAAAACCAGAAACAUUUGGGGCAGUACAGCUAAACCAAUUUGUAUUUUACGCGCAUUGUUAUACAAAUGCAGAUAAUUUUUAAGACACCACACAUCAUACAUUGUAGGCAAUUUAUGAUCAUUUAUAUACAUCAUUAAUAGCAUAUAGGAACAUUGUGAUUGAAUUUAUAAUCAUUUUGUUGAGAACUCUGUUGACUUCCCGUGAGAACUACAAGAUUGAACCGAACGGCAAACAAUAAACAAAUUUAUAUUCAUAGCAUUGAAACAAAUAAACAAAAAAAUAAUGUCAUAUUUUACA